UCUCCUCACUCCACCGGCCCAGGACACUUCCUGCCACCUCUGUAGCCCCAAGCUCAGCAGCAUCAUGUCUCUCGCACACACAGCUGCAGAGUACAUGCUCUCAGAUGCCUUGCUGCCCGACCGCAGGGGCUCCCACCUCAAAGGCCUGCGCCUGGAGCUGCCCCUGGACCAGAUGGUCAAGUUUGUGGCUGUAGGCUUUCCCUUGUUGCUGAUGUCGCUGGCAUUCGCUCAGGAGUUCUCCUCCGGGUCUCCAAUGAGCUGCUUCUCUCCCAGUAACUUCAGUGUGAGGCAAGCUGCCUAUGUGGACAGUUCCUGUUGGGACUCGCUGGUUCACCAUGAACAGGAUGAGGCUGGCCAGUACAAGACAAAAUCUCUCUGGCCCCACAAGGCCCUCCCCUACUCCCUGAUGGGCCUGGCUGUGGCCAUGUACCUGCCAGUGCUGCUGUGGCAGUAUGCAGCUGUGCCAGCACUCAGCUCAGACCUGCUGUUCAUCAUCAGUGAACUGGACAAAUCCUAUAAUCGCUCCAUCCGCCUGGUGCAGCACAUGUUGAAGAUCCGGCAGAAGAGCUCUGACCCACAUGUCUUCUGGGAUGAGCUGGAGAAGGCCCGGAAAGAACGAUACUUUGAAUUUCCCUUGCUAGAGCGGUAUUUGGCAUGUAAGCAGCGCUCACAUUCACUAGUGGCCACCUACCUCCUAAAGAACUCCCUCUUGCUCCUCUUCACGUCAGCCACUUACCUGUACCUUGGUCACUUCCAUCUGGGUAUCUUCUUCCAAGAAGAAUUUAACUGCUCCAUCAAGACAGGGAUGCUGCGUGAUGAGACACAUGUCCCCCAUCUGAUCACAUGCAGGAUGACCUCCCUGUCUGUUUUCCAGAUUGUUAGCCUCUCCAGUGCAGCAAUAUACACCCUAUUGGUUCCAGUGAUAAUAUACAACCUCACACGGUUAUGUCGGUGGGACAAACGACUCCUGUCCAUCUAUGAGAUGCUCCCAGCUUUUGAUCUUCUCAGCAGAAAGAUGCUGGGAUGCCCAAUCAAUGACCUCAAUGUGAUCCUUCUUUUCCUCCGAGCCAACAUCUCUGAGCUCAUCUCUUUUAGUUGGCUGAGUGUCUUAUGUGUGCUGAAGGAUACAACCACCCAGAAGCACAACAUUGACACAGUGGUUGACUUCAUGACUUUAUUGGCUGGCUUAGAGCCCUCAAAACCUAAACAUCUCACCCAAAGGGAACAUGAUGAACACCCAUAGUUAAGAAAGAAACUAUGGAGUAAGAAAUUCUGUGGAAAGUAAAACUCUCUCACCAUCUUCACAAGCCACACAUUGUAAUACAUAAAAAUACCUACUUCAGAAUUGCUAAGCUUGGGUUUACAUGAGUAUCUUGUAUUUGUAGAAAUGCGGACAUAAAUAUGAAAUCCGGAAUAGAAGUCAAAGAACUAAACUAUUAGGUCUGGAACAUUCUAUGAGGAUAGGAAAAAUAAAUAAAAGUAAAAUCUAGGAAUUCUGAAAGAAAAGAGGAUUCUACAGGCUAUUUAUGGAGGCAGAGUGUAUACUUGGCUUAUGUCAAAGAGCAAGUGAACAACAUGGUAAGAGAUUAAUAAAAAUGUCAAACACCUGGAGAUCCUUUGGUGUGGAUUGAAAUCCUAAGAAUUUGCCCAGUUUUGCUUUGUGGAAGUCAUCAGCCUUGCCAGGGCCUGUGGGACCUGCCAAAUGAGUCAGGAAAUACUGAUAGCUUAAACCAGUAAUCUGCUCUUGGGGUUUAAAAACAGAGGUAAGUGCCACGCAUAGCCAUAAGUCGAGCCUUGAGGUGUCCAGGGAUACUUUUCAUCAUGUAAGCCAAAGACUCAUUUCACUAAGACCUGGGAUUAUGGGCCAUGGGCUCCUUCAUAACUUUUAAUGAGCCCAAGUAUGUUUUAAUACCUCAGGGGACUCUAUACCUUCACUUAUAGCCAAUCACUGAAUAGCAAACACUUAGAACUAAAACAAAGUAAUACAUAAAAAAGUGCUCAGUGCUAGUGAGCCCCUUUGGUCUCUUCCCUAAUUUAUCACCUCAUCCUUGUAGCUAACUCCUAACCCUGUACCUGGAGCACUGAUUUAAUUCCAAAAGACUGGUCAGCCUAUAAUACCAUGCUGUCUUACUUUUUAUAUUUCUUUUGAAAGAUCCCCAUUGUGCAUUUCUCAGAAGAAUUUUUUGCAUAGGCCAUUUAGACCCCUCUACAUAUGUUAGUGGAAAAGCUAUGUUGCUUCUGCCAAAUUCAGAUGUUUGCCUAAAACAAGCAAUGAGCUGAUAUAUGGAUGUUCAUCAAUGACUUCUAUUGUCAAAAAAAGUCCAACUCAUCAGUUGGCACACAAGCCUU